AUGGACCACCCGCCUCAUGACGACGACAUGCAAGCCUACUUUCCGCCGCAGAGCCAUCAAUGGGCCGAUCCCAUGCAGGUCGACGACCAUGCGGAGGCCGUGCCGUGGAACUACGGCUGUAGUGCGUCAAAUUGGUGGCUCCCCCAAGACUCUCACGACCAAUUCAAUCAUCUGGCGGCCUUCCCUGGUCAGCAGGGCGGCCCGUGGACCGUCGAUCAAUACCCGCCCGCCCAGCUCGAUUUUCAGGGCGCUCACUUCCAGCCACCCACCUUUGAGCCCAUCCAGGGCACCGGCCAGCUGAUUCCGGACGACGAACUCGACGGACUCCUGAAUCCGCAUCCCAGCUCCCAGCCCGGCUUUGAGCUGGGCCGGCCGGAGCUCCAGGCGAGGCAGAGGGUGCGGCAGCGCAUCUCCUCACCGGCCAAGGCCAUCCUGCAGCAGUGGUUCGACGAUCACAUAGAAGAUCCUUACCUCGAGCGAGAGGAUGUCUCGACGCUGUCCGAAGCCACGGGGCUCACGCCGCGGCAGGUGAGGACGUUUUUUGCGAAUGCGAGAGCCCGGAAACUGCCCGCGCCCCUGGUCGGCCAACAAUCCCCACCCGCCCUCUCAUCAACGGAGGCUAAGGCGUCUGGCGCCCCGAGCAACAAGCCGAAGCAGCCUGCUGCGUCGAAGACUCCGUGCCCAAGGCAGCAAAGUCCGAUGCAACGUUAUCUGUCCUCCUCCCCCGAGGACGAGGGAGUGUCCGAGGAGGCCCUGCGACACGCAGCCGCCGCCUCGCAGGCGAACACGGCAUGCACUGGCUCGGCGCCACACAGGAACCCCGAUGCCCUCUCCGAAGCGGCGAGCAGCAAUUCGUCCAGCUCAUCCCGUGCCAGCAUCGACUCGGCCGUGAACCGCGUACCCCGCCGCGGCCGUAAGCGCCAUCGAGGCUCCCUGCGCCGUGGCACCAACACGGUCGUCCGCGAGCGCGUCGACCAGAGCAAAAUCUUCCAGUGCACCUUUUGCAACCGCGACUUUGCGCAGAAGUACGACUGGCGCCGCCACGAGGAGUCGGUGCACAUUCCGCAGAAGGAGUGGAUAUGCAUGCCCGACGGUGCCGUCCGCACCGACGCCGCCACGGGCUUCCGCUUCUGCGUCUUCUGCGAGCAACAGAACCCGUCGAACGACCAUCUCCAGCGUCACAACCACGCGCCGUGCCUGGCGGCGCCCCAGGCCUCGCGCACCUUCACGCGCAAGGACAAGCUGAUACAGCACCUGGGCCAGGUCCACAAGCAGGCCCAGAUGUCGCCGACCAUGCAGUCGUCGUGGUCCCGCCGCGUCGCCCGCCACGUCGCCAUCGCCUGCGGCAUCUGCGGCGUGCGCCUCUUCUCGUGGAACGAGCGCGUCGAGCACAUCUCUACGCACUUCGUCGACGGCCUCGAUAUGCGCUACUGGCUCGGCGCCCCCGGCGGCGUCGUGUCCCUCACACCACCAUCACCAGCAGCGCCACCAACAACAACUUGCGGCUCCUCCUCCUCCCCCUCGAUCUCCACCUCAUCCUCGUCGUCGUCGUUACCGUCCACCGCCGCCGCUGUAGACCCCCUUUUCCCGGCCUACACCCCGCCGCUACGUUCCUCCGCUCACCGCGCCUCCCCCUCCUCCUUCCACUCGUGCACGUCCUGCUCCAACCGCUUCUCCCGCUACGCCGACACCGUCUUCCACGAGCGCCAGGUCCACCGCAUGUACAAGCCGCGUCCGCAACCGACCGAGGACGGCGGUAAUAUCGCGAACUUUCCGCUGGUGCAACAACAGUCACAUGCCGAACAGCAGCAACCCGGCGGACAACGCCGUGUAGGAGGGCCAGGGCCAGGAGCAGGAGUAGUAGGAGGAGGAGCAGCAGCAGCAUCAGCAGCAGCGGCGGCGGCGGCAGCAGCAGCAGCAGCAAGGGGCCCCGUGGCGUCGCUGAUGCGCCGGCACCACCACCUUCGCCAGCAGCAACCCGCCGGAUCGUCGGUGGACGCGCCCGUGGCGGCGGUGCUGUGGGGCGGUGGGAGCGGGAGUAGGAGUAAGGCGUUGCUGGGUGAGGAUGGAGGAGGAGGGGAGAAGGGGAAGGGGGGUGGGAGUGGGAGUGGGAGUGGGAGGCCGUUUUGGAGGGAUGGUCAUCACUGA